CAGAGUCAAUUUAAGAGGAAAAAAAAAGAAAGAAAGGAAAGAUAACAGAAAACAUGCAGGAUCGACCUCAUCACCUUCAAUGAUGAUGACCUUUUAUAUUGGUAUUGGUAAAGUGUCACAUUUAUAGCGACCGUAUGUACAUGCUGUGGAUUUAGAGAGUAGAGCAUAGCACAGAGAGAGAAACAGGGAGAUGGGUCUGCUCUCCAACAGAGUGGAGAGAAGUGAGAUCAAGCCCGGCGACCACAUCUACACUUACAGAGCUAUCUUCACCUACUCCCACCACGGUAUCUUUGUUGGAGGAAGCAAGGUGGUCCAUUUUAGACCUGAGAGAAAUUUGAAUUCAAGCACUGGUACAUCUUCUGAUUCUGACUUUUAUGAUUCAACAUUGAGCCUCCCAUCAUCGUGUCCUACCUUUCCCGACUGUGGAUUUAGGCAACCCAACAGUGGCGUAAUCCUCUCUUGCCUGGAUUGUUUCCUUCGAAAUGGAUCUCUGUAUUGUUUCGAAUACGGAGUUACUCCAUCAGUUUUCCUUGCUAAGGUGCGGGGCGGCACAUGCUCCACUGCAGCAUCUGACCCACCAGAAACAGUUAUUCACCGAGCAAUGUAUCUUCUUCAAAAUGGAUUUGGCAAUUAUGAUGUGUUUCAAAACAACUGUGAAGACUUCACACUUUAUUGCAAAACUGGUCUUCUGAUAGUAGACAGACUUGGGGUUGGAAGAAGUGGUCAAGCCUCUUCUAUCAUUGGUGCCCCAUUGGCUGCCAUUCUUUCUUCUCCUCUGAAGUUGCUGAUGCCAAGUCCUGUUGGCGUGGCUACGAUGACGGCUGGGAUGUACUGUAUGAGCAGGUAUGCAACUGAUAUUGGGGUUCGAACCGAUGUGAUCAAGGUGGCAGUGGAGGACUUGGCUGUGAACCUGGGUUGGGCAGGCCAUCAUGAGGAAGUAGCUGAUGACAGUGAGGCUUCUAACCAACUGAUUGCCUUAUGAUGCGACAUUUCAUCCUUGUGCAUCGAAAGCUGUUGUGUAGAUUAUUUAUGGUUAGUGUUUAUCAGCUUUUGUUGACAUUGGUAAGUGAAGUCCUGAUGCUGUGCCUCUUUCCCCCCGCUCGUCUCCUCCUUUCCCUCAUAAAUUUGUUAGUUGUUGUACAAUGCUUUGCAGUCUUGUGAUGUGCAUGAAAUGUUGUUGAGAACAAUGCUCUCAUUGCAGAUUAAGUGAAAAAGUUGUGACAAUGGGUGGUGUUCUAUAUGUUGUAAUGAAGUCGUGUAAUUCUAA